CGGGCUAAUAAUAUGGUUUAUGAGAAAGUCAUAAGUUCUCAUUUCUCUCGUUUCGGUGCCCGCCAAUGGACUGCCGGAAAUCUGGUGUUGCUUAUUAGUCCCAAUGGGAGGAGAGCUUAACGGACUGUGGGAUGUUCCCACCAAGACAGUGUCAUCUGGUAUUGGUAUGUCCGUGUGGAAUGGACUGGCAGCCUUGCUUGUCACGAUACCGGUUGUAACCCUCACGAUAAACACGAUAAGACUUGGACAUAGAGCAUGGCCGCAGACGCGCGUCUUGAAUUACGGGCUUAUAUGUCUGAGCCUAUACCUCAUUGUCCACUGGAUUGACUCCAUCAUCCACGUAUCUCGAACGAAAGUGACGUACGGCUAUAUCCUCAUUUCAACCUUCUUCAGCGUCCUCAAGAUUAUAUCGGACGUGCUUGUCCUUUGCGGGAGUCUGAAGCUGCUCUUUCGACUCGAACACCUAUCUCCUCGGUUUGGAAUGGUAGAGUACAGAGGGUUAAACCGGCUCUUCCUCGCAUUCCUCUUUCUUUCAUUUUAUCAUAUCUGCCUCCUUUUUGCGCGUGAUAUCGCUUGGUUGUACGCUUCGGACCCUCAGGUCAUACAACUACUCGCAACGGCUCGGAAUGGGUUUGAAAUCGCAUAUAUGGCCAUGCAGUUUUUGGGAGCAGUGAUUGCGUUCUCUUGGGCUCGUGAUCUUGAUACGGUAUCCAUCAGCGGCUACUAUCAGAGAUAUAUACGGGAGGCACCUGUUUCAUUACUCUGCCUUGUUGCGCGCUCUUUCUGUGAGAUUGUCAUCGUUGGUCAGCUAGACCGAUGGCCGGCGCAUUUGGCAACAAUCUUCCGUGCCAGAGACGUUACGUACAGUCUCUUCAGUAUAGCCUUUACCUUGUUCAUAUCCUUUAGACAGCCGAAUAGUCCCAAGGAUAGCUAUAUUGCGAAAGAGGAAGACGAAGUACAGGAGGUGAAGCUGUGGGUCUUGCAAGCAAUUGAGCGGAAGUCUGAGAGUGGAAGAGCUACGGCGCCAGAAUUGGAAAGUACACUUCAACAACUCGAAAGGGAGUUGGAGUCCAAGAAAGUUUUGCAGAAUGGUUUUCUUGUACCAAAAGAUACGCAGGGUUUGAAUUAUAGGUCGACAGAGGCACAGCUCCUAGAAAUUGAGCGGAUCCGGAUGUUGUACAGAGCAUGGACACCUGUCUGUAAGGGAUGAAAAUAUGACAAUCUCUUUUUGAAUGGUACCGGUACUUUACAAUGAAUUGG